AUGGAGGCCAGAGUGACAGCACUGGUUCUGCUAGUGACAGUGUCCUCCAUCUUGUACACCGGAGCUGGCGCCGCCGCCGCCGGCGGCGACGAGCGGGCAGCGCUGCUCGCUCUCAUGGCGGGCUUCGUUGACUCGUUGGGCGCGCUCGCCGACUGGACCGAUGGCGCCAAAGCCUCGCCGCAUUGCAGAUGGACGGGCGUCCGGUGCAAUGCCGCCGGCCUCGUCGACGCGCUCGACCUCUCCGGGAAGAACCUGAGCGGCAAGGUCACGGACGACGUGCUCCGGCUGCCGUCGCUCACCGUCCUCAACCUGUCCUCCAACGCGUUCGCCACCACGCUGCCCAAGUCCCUGGCGCCGCUGUCCAACCUCCAGGUGUUCGACGUGAGCCAGAACUCCUUCGAGGGCGCGUUCCCGGCCGGCCUCGGCUCCUGCGCUGACCUCGCCACCGUCAACGCCUCCGGCAACAACUUCGUCGGCGCGCUCCCCGCCGACCUCGCCAACGCCACGUCCCUCGAGACCGUCGACCUGAGGGGCAGCUUCUUCGGCGGUGACAUCCCGGCGGCGUACCGGAGCCUCACCAAGCUCAAGUUCCUGGGCCUCUCCGGCAACAACAUCACCGGCAAGAUCCCAGCGGAGCUCGGCGAGCUCGAGUCGCUCGAGAGCCUCAUCAUCGGGUACAAUGUGCUGGAGGGAAGCGUCCCGCCGGAGCUCGGCAGCCUCGCCAACCUCCAGUACCUCGACCUCGCCGUCGGACACCUCGACGGGCCCAUACCAGCGGAGCUCGGCAAGCUUCCGGCGCUCACCGCGCUUUACCUGUACCAGAACAACCUCGAAGGCAAGAUACCGCCGGAGCUCGGCAACAUCUCGACGCUCGUCUUCCUCGACCUGUCCGACAACUCGCUCACGGGCCCGAUCCCCGACGAGGUCGCGCAGCUGAGCCACCUCCGGCUGCUCAACCUCAUGUGCAACCACCUCGACGGCACCGUGCCCGCGACCAUCGGGGCCAUGCCGAGCCUGGAGGUGCUCGAGCUGUGGAACAACUCCUUGACGGGGCAGCUUCCCGCGUCGCUCGGCAGGAGCUCGCCGCUGCAGUGGGUGGACGUGUCGUCGAACUCCUUCACCGGCCCCGUGCCCGCUGGGAUCUGCAACGGUAAGGCGCUCGCGAAGCUGAUCAUGUUCAACAACGGCUUCACCGGCGGGGUCCCGGCCGGGCUCGCGUCUUGCGAGUCGCUGGUGCGCGUGCGCAUGCAGAGCAACCGGCUCACCGGCACGAUCCCCAUCGGGUUCGGCAAGCUGCCGUCGCUGCAGCGGCUCGAGCUCGCAGUCAACGACCUGUCCGGAGAGAUCCCCGGCGACCUCGCGUCGUCGACGUCGCUGUCGUUCAUCGACCUAUCUCACAACCACCUCCAAUACUCGCUGCCGUCGAGCCUCUUCACGAUCCCGACUCUGCAGAGCUUCUUGGCGUCAGACAACAUCAUCUCCGGCGAGCUCCCAGACCAGUUCCAGGACUGCCCGGCACUGGCGUUGCUGGACCUGUCGAACAACCGACUCGCCGGCGCGAUUCCGUCCAGCCUCGCCUCGUGCCAGAGGCUGGUCAAGCUGAACCUCAGGUACAACCGGCUCACCGGCGAGAUACCCAAGGCGCUCUCCAUGAUGCCCGCGAUGGCCAUCCUUGAUCUGUCGAGCAACGCCUUGACCGGCGGCAUACCGGAGAACUUCGGGAGCUCGCCGGCGCUGGAGACGCUCAACCUCUCGUACAACAACCUCACGGGUCCCGUGCCCGGGAACGGCGUCCUGCGUUCCAUCAACCCCGACGAGCUGGCGGGCAACGCCGGGCUGUGCGGCGGCGUGCUCCCGCCGUGCUUCGGGAGCCGCGACACGGGCGUGGCGUCGCGCGCUGCCCGCGGCAGCGCGCGCCUCAGGCGCGUCGCGGUGGGCUGGCUCGCGGCGAUGCUCGCCGUCGUCGCCGCGUUCACGGCGCUGGUCGGCGGGCGGUACGCGUACCGGCGGUGGUACGCGGGGGAGUACGGGUACACGCUGAAGGUGGACCAGAAGAGCGACAUCUACAGCUACGGCGUGGUGCUGAUGGAGCUCAUCACGGGUCGCCGCGCGGUGGAGGCGGAGUUCGGCGAGGGGCAGGACAUCGUGGGGUGGGUGCGGGACAAGAUCCGGAGCAACACGGUGGAGGAGCACCUGGACCCGCACGUCGGCGGCCGGUGCGCGCACGUCCGGGAGGAGAUGCUGCUGGUGCUGCGCAUCGCCGUGCUCUGCACGGCCAGGGCGCCGCGGGACCGACCGUCCAUGCGCGACGUGAUCACUAUGCUCGGCGAGGCCAAGCCACGGCGCAAGAGCGGGAGCAGCGGCGCCGCCAGCGGCAAGGACGGCGCCAGCGCCGCCGCCGUAGCCCCAGCCGUGGUGGUGGACAAGGACAGGCCGGUGUUCAGCACCACGCCGGAUUCAGACUACGCCUAG